AAAAAAAUUAAAUUCUAAAAAAUGCUUUACAGCCAAACAAGCAUGUUGUGCUGCAUAUUGAUCUCCCUUGCAGUCCUUGCCAAUGCUAAUUUAACAAUUGAGUUGACCAGGAAUGAGAAGGACUUUUUAGAGUUUAGGAGAGCCAAGAAUAAUGGAGUCCCUCUUGAUCCAGAACAUCCAAAAGUUAUCGAAAUAGAAGAUAUAAAAAAGUUCUGGCUAAAUAGACCAAGUCUUUGUGUAGGAGUUACUAAUUCUUGGAUGACGGAAUAUACUACGACUGUUAAAAUUGGAUCAAAUCAGCAAGAAAUGCAAGUUAUUCUGGGUGUUGGUUCUAGGCAUCUUUGGGUUCCGAAGAAGAAAUGUAUUGGGUGUCCAACUCAAAACUUCUUUGAUUCAAGCAAUUCUUCAACUUUUUACAACAAGUACUAUGAGAUGAAUAUAUAUUACGAACAUGGUAAAGUCUUUGGGGAUCUUUCACUAGAUGAAGUUAGAUUGGGAAACCCUGAGUCUCACUCUUUCAAAACCGAAAUAAUGAUUGCAAGAGAGGCUCAAGAUCUGGAAGGAAUGGUAGCAGAUGGAGUUCUCGGUAUCAUUCCUCCAAAAAAAGGUGAUGGUGAUUCUUUUUCUACCUACCUCAUUAAGAACUCAAUCAUUGAUAGUAAAGACAUCACAGUCUUCCUCGGGGACGGAGAAGAUCACUCUUAUGCUGAAUUUGGAAGCAACAAAGAAAAUACAGAAGAAGUUACUUGGGUUCGAUCAGGAAUCGAUUAUGAUUUUGGAAUAACUAAUAAUAACGUUAGUUUUUCUUAUAUGAACAAAACAAUUCCAAUAUCUACACAUUGAAUAGCAUUUGAUACAGAAUCUGCCGUAAGUGGUAUACCAAGGAUAGACCUGAAGACAAUAAUUUCAACCCUUCAGCAAGGUAAAACUUUGCUAUAUUACGAAGAAUAUGAUUUCUUUGGAGUAAAAUGAGCCUCGCUUGAUGAAUUCUACGAUCUUCAGAUUACUUUCAAGGAACACAUUUCUUACAUCGCUGUGGAGGACUACAUCUUAUAUAUCCACGGUCAUUGCUUAUUCAAAUUCUAUGACUCCGGCAAUGAAAAUAACGUUAUAAUUCUUGGUAAUUCCUUCUUGAGAGGAACCAAAUUCACUAAGAUUAAUGCUGAAAGAAAAAUAGGACUUUGGCCUCAGAAGCUGAGACAUUCACCAAGAAUUUAUGAAGGCUACAGCUAUCUUUGGAUAUAUUUGCUUUUGAUCUUUCUUGGGAUCUCAUUUGCCGCAUCUGGUAUAUAUUUCUACAAGAGAGCUAGUCACCAGAAGGGAGAUAUUUCAGAAGAAAGUGAAAUGGCUGGUGGCAACGAAGACAGAAACUUCAAUUUCUACUAAGUUUUACCUGAAUUUA